AUGCAGAGGUUUUAUAUUGUUUCAUUGUGCUUCAACCCUCUCUACCUGUGGAAUCCAUCUACUGGAUUUCACAAACAAAUACCUUUGUCACCUUUUGGUUCCGAUUUAGAUGCAGAAUAUUUCCAUGGUUUUGGAUAUGAUCAGUCAACAGAUGAUUACUUGGUUGUUUCAAUGUCCGUUGAUCCAUCACACUUUGAGUUUUUCUCAUUGAGAGUUAAUACAUGGAAAGAAAUUGAGUUCUUCCCUUAUACGAAUUCAUGUGAAGAUAAGCCCAAUGCAGGGGUGCUCUAUAAUGGGGCUAUUCAUUGGUUGGCUUAUCGUCAUGAUUUACGAAAGGAUGUUAUUGUUGCCUUUGAUUUAAUGGAAAGGGAACUUUUUGAUAUGCUUUUGCCAGAUGAGUUUCGAGAUACACUUGAUUAUUGUAGUUUGUGGAUUGAAGCUGCGGUAUUCGGCACUUGCGGGACAGUUUUUGGUGCUGCUGUCAGUGCUGUAUAUGACAGCAUCAAUUUUCUGGGCGCCAGUUUCAAAGUUAUUUCUGAGGAACUUUCUGAGGAAAGUGUCCACAUAAUGUUUGAAAAUAUGACCGUUGCAGUUGAGUGUGUUUUCGAGGUAGAUUCCCGAGGAAAGUGUCUUCCAAAUGUUUAA